CAAGCACACUGCUGCCCACGGUGACCCGAAAAAAGUAAUCCAAACUGACAAGUGGAAGUCGAGCUGGCGGAUAUAAAAAUGCCCGGCAUUGGCGGAAAGUGCAUCACAUCCAUUCUAGCACCAAUUCCAGCAAGACCAAGAUGUUCCGCUCCGCAAUCCCAGUGCUCCUGAUCCUGCUCCCAGUGCUCCUGCAUUCCGCGGAGUCGGCGAACAUGGUUCGAGCCUGUGGAUCCCAACUCACCCAAUUAAUAGAGAUGGCGUGCCCCAAUGGAGUCAACGGAAUGUUCGAAAAGCGCGGCUCCCUGGGUCUACUCGAUUAUGAGGACAAGCUGAUGGCAAUGGAUAAUGACGAUGUGGCCUACGAACCCCAUCAUUCCCGAAUUAACUCAAUAGUUGGAAUGCGUCGCGAUUUCCGGGGAAUUGUCGACGACUGUUGCUAUCAACCGUGCACCCGUAAAACACUAAUGUCCUACUGCAAGGAAUAAAUCCAACCCGUUGUUAUGAUACCUCUGACAUCUAAAAACACACGAGAGACGACGAUUUGUUCAAAAUAAUUGUAAAUGCAAGCCUUGGAUAAGCACAAAUAAAAUAUUUAUAA